AUGCAGCAUAAACUUCCCACAGGAAUAUCCGUGCUGGUAGUAGGCUCUGGAUUAGGAGGCCUAACAUUUGCAAUUGAAGCAUAUCGACAAGGCCAUGAUGUCCAGAUUAUGGAGAAGCGACCCAAAAUUGAAGACUUUGGUAAGCUCCUAGUAGUUGCGCCAAUUUACAAGGACUUCCAGGCAUGGCCAGGCUUUUUAGAUAAGGUGCAUAAACACACAGUUACACCCUCUGAAAUCCAUGUGUUCCAGCACAACGGAGAGAGUCUGGGGAACUUCCCACUUGGAACUCCAGAGCUUGCCUCUCUAGCCGUUAAUCGACUUGGUAUGCACCUCGAGUUUGUGCAAUAUGCAGAAGAUUUAGGGAUUAAAACUCAGUACUCAACUCACGCUACUGAGUAUACGGAGACCGAUGAUGCCGGGAUCGUCAUUCUCUCAGACGGUCGCAAAUUGACUACAGACAUGGUUGUCGCAGCCGACGGUGUUGGUUCGGGGUCCUGGAAGUUGAUUCUCGACAAGUUUGAGAAGCCUGUCAGCUCAGGGUAUGCGAUUUACAGGGCAGACUUUCCUACUGGCGAUGCUAUGAAAAACCCCAUCAUUGUAGAGCACUACAAUGGGGCGAAAACUAGGAUGGAGCUAUAUUUUGGACCAAAUGCCCACGGCGACACUGGAAAUGCAAAGGAAGAUUGGUGGUGGACUACCUCAGCAGGCGAUGCACUACCAUUCGUGGAGACAUGGUCACCGUUCGUGAAAGAGAUGAUAAAAUUUACGCCAGAUAAUUCCGGUGCUAGUAUGGCUAUGGAGGAUGGUUUCUCGCUCGCAACUUGUCUGCAGAUAGGCGGGAAGCAUGGCAUACCUCUUGCCACUCGAGUUCAUAACAAGUUAAGAUUUGAGCGUGUUGCAUGCGCUCAAAAAAUGGGCUUCAAGAAUCGCCAGAAAUUUCAUAAUUCCGAUUCGACCAGGGUUGAGAAGAACCCAGAUAGGAUUGGGAACUUCACUGGGCAGUGGCUUUUGCGUCACGACCCCGUGCAGUACGCUUACGACAACUUCCAAGCUUGCGCAGACCAUCUGCUCCACAGUACUGAAUUCAAGAAUUCAAAUUUCGUACCAAGGCAUACUUUCAAACAGUGGACUGUGACGGAGUUCCUUGAAGCUCAAGAACAAGGCAAGGAGAUUGAAGAUGAUGGAGACUGGUCCUAG